CUCCGUUAAGUCUCCUUCAGUGUGGAGACUUCUCAGAUAAGAUGAGGGAUGAGAUCGUGUAACUUCCGUCUGUGAGCGCCGCAGCGCGCGCGUUUCCACCGAGCAGGGAUCCAGAGGAGCAACAGGCGCGCGUGUGACUCUAUUCCAGUUCCCUCUGAGUUACAGCUGCAGCAAUGUCUCAGCUUUACUACAAGAAAAAUGACAGCUCCUCGUACAGGGACCGCAUCCCCCUGCGGAUCGUGCGUGCCGAGGCCGAGCUGUCGGUCAUGGAGAGAGCCUACCUGGGGGCCGUGGAGAAGGGGGACUACGCCAGCGUGAAGCAGGCCCUGGAGGAGGCUGAGAUCUACUUCAGGAUCAACAUCAACUGCAUCGACCCGCUGGGACGCACGGCCCUGCUCAUCGCCAUCGAGAACGAGAACCUGGAGAUCAUCGAGCUGCUGCUCAGCUUCAACGUGCACGUGGGGGAUGCCCUGCUGCACGCCAUCCGCAAAGAGGUCGUCGGGGCGGUGGAGCUGCUGCUCAACCACAAGAAGCCUCGUGGGGAAAAGCAGGUUCCACCAAUUCUCCUGGACAAGCAGUUCUCUGAUUUCACCCCCGACAUCACUCCCAUCAUCCUCGCCGCUCACACCAACAACUACGAGAUCAUCAAGCUGCUGGUGCAGCGAGGGGUCUCCAUACCGCAGCCUCACGCCGUGCGCUGCAACUGCGUGGAGUGCCUGUCCAGUCUGGACGGGGACGGCCUACGGCACUCGCGCUCCCGUCUGAACAUCUACAAGGCCCUGGCCAGCCCGUCGCUCAUCGCCCUGUCCAGCGAGGACCCCUUCCUGACGGCGUUCGAGCUCAGCUGGGAGGUGAAGGAGCUCAGCACGGUGGAGAACGAGUUCAAGUCAGAGUAUGAGGAGCUGUCCCGCAUGUGCAAGCAAUUUGCCAAGGACCUGUUGGACCAGACCCGGAGCUCGAAGGAGCUGGAAAUUAUCCUCAACUACCGCGACGACAUCAACCCUUUGCUGGAUGAGAACACCAACGAUCUGUCCCGGCUGAAGCUGGCUAUAAAAUACUGCCAGAAGGAGUUUGUUGCUCAGCCGAACUGCCAGCAGCUGCUGGCGUCUCGCUGGUACGAUGAAUUCCCGGGCUGGAGGAGGCGUCAUUGGGCGGGAAAGCUCAUCACCUGUAUCUUUAUCGGCCUCCUCUUUCCACUGUUAUCCAUCGUCUACCUGAUCUCCCCGAAGAGCCGCUACGGCUUGUUCAUCCGAAAGCCCUUCAUCAAGUUCAUCUGUCACACCGCGUCGUACCUGACCUUCCUUUUCCUGCUUUUGCUGGCGUCUCAACAUAUUGCCUCUGCACACCCGGACUUCCAGGGCCCAGCGCCCACCACAGUGGAAUGGAUGAUCCUGCCCUGGGUGCUUGGCUUUAUCUGGACUGAGAUCAAACAGAUGUGGGACAGUGGUUUCGAGGACUACAUCGACGACUGGUGGAACAUCAUGGACUUCAUCAUGAACUCCUUGUAUCUUGCAACCAUUUCUCUCAAGAUUGUAGCCUAUGCAAAGUAUAGUGGAUACAAACAGAGGAGCAACUGGGAAAUGUGGCACCCAACUUUGGUGGCAGAGGCGUUAUUUGCAAUCGCCAACAUCUUCAGCUCCUUACGCCUCAUCUGUCUUUUCACUGCCAACUCCCACCUGGGACCUUUACAGAUUUCACUGGGCCGCAUGCUCCUGGAUAUCCUGAAAUUCCUCUUCAUCUACUGCCUGGUGCUGUUAGCUUUUGCCAAUGGCCUCAACCAGCUCUACUUUUACUAUGAAACAAAUGAGACUUGCAAGGGUAUUCGCUGUAAUCAGCAAAACAACGCUUUCUCAACGCUCUUCGAGACACUGCAGUCAUUAUUUUGGUCUAUAUUUGGCCUGAUUUCCCUCUAUGUGACCAAUGUGAAGCCGGACCAUGAAUUCACCGAGUUUGUAGGCCGCACCAUGUUUGGUACCUAUAAUAUCAUCUCGCUGGUCGUGCUUCUGAACAUGCUAAUUGCAAUGAUGAACAACUCCUACCAGCACAUCGCCGAUCACGCAGAUAAAGAGUGGAAAUUUGCAAGAACAAAGUUAUGGAUGAGUUAUUUUGAGGAAGGAGGAACUUUGCCAUCUCCGUUCAAUAUAAUCCCAAGUCCAAAGUCACUGUAUUACCUGUUUGGAUGGAUCAAGAGACAUUUGUUUAAAAAGCAAAGCCUAAAAAGACGUGAGACUUUCGAAACCUUGGGGAGACGUGCAGCUGAAAACGUCCGAUUGAACCACCAAUAUCAGGAGGUUUUGAGGAACCUGGUCAAGAGAUACGUGGCGGCGAUGAUCCGAGAUGCCAAGACAGAGGAAGGGUUGACUGAGGAAAACUUUAAGGAGCUGAAGCAGGAUAUCUCCAGCUUCCGCUAUGAAGUUGUCGGGAUGAUGAGGAGGCCUAAUGGAAGACCCUCCAGUAAAAUCGCCUGCUCUCCGCUGGCGUAUCCCGGAAACCCCUUUAAAUAUUCCCCCAAACUCCCUGACGAAUCUCACCAUAAGCUGAACGUCUUUGACGCGUUCUCCCCCCCUGCCAUGCAGAGCGAAGCUGGAAACGCCUCCAGCUCGGCCUGCUCUCACCGACUCACCAAUGGGUCCGUCGUCCUGUCCGCUACAGAAAAGAGUCCGAGCGAGUCGCCCAGAAGAAGUCCGGACCCCGGAUCUCUUCAGAGACAGAGCAAACGCCCCUCUCCGAAAGGAGAGGAUGUCAAUCUGACCCCAGUCCAGGGCUCGUCGUCGGUAUCUGGUGGAGAAAAGCUCAAGCAGCUUGUGACUGAGAAGGUCAUUGUGGAAGUGCUUCAGAAAAUGGAGGAGGACGUUCAGGAGGUAAAACACAAAGCUCCGGCCAAAGAGGUGAAAAACGGGCCCAGAAAAUAUAAAAACUGAUUGUUUCAUGUAUUCAAGCUUUUUUUUUUUUUCUCCAUUUCAAUUUUCCAAUCCACCAGUUGAUUGUGUAGAUCAAAGGUGUCAGGGCGAGCAAACUAACCUCAAGCCAUGCUGUCAGGGUGAGUUUGUAAAAACACUUAAUUCAACUACUAUAGGAGGCUUUUCUUUUUUUUUUGCAUUGGCUUUAUAUUGAGAUUAUAGUCAUUUUCAUGUAAACUCUGUGGCCACAAUAAAGAAAUCCUUCAAAUUAAAAGAUUAUUAAUAGCACCUUUUAAUGGGUGCAGCCCACUCAAGAACAAAUCGGCCUGUAUGUGACCCUUGAACAAAAUUGUGUUUAACUUUCUGCUUAAUGUCAAACUCACUGUGGACUUGAUGAGGAUUACAUUCAAUUUUUACCCAACUCUCCACUGAUGCUCAGGGAAGUGAAUAAUGUUAUAAUUAAUUGAUUUUUCACCUUCUGCCUUCGCUACGCUCUUCUACCUUUAACUAGUGCAAUGCAAAAACUCUAUAUCCAUUUCCCAAGACAUAAGAAUAUUAUAAAAUGACCAUGUAUGGCAUUAGUUAUGCGGGGACCAAUAACAAGGUCUUUUUCAAUGAAAAUGUAAAUUUUUUUGUUGUAUUUUGAGGGUCCAGUUACACCACAAAGCUGCUUGAAGCAACAGAAAAACACAACUUUUUGAAUGCGAGUCCCAAGGUGAAACGUUUUGAAAAUGCUCUGACUCUGUCUCCGUAGAAACAGACGAAAACACAACCUUCUGAAAUGCUGCUAUUCCACAUGCGCACCACAGAUGAAAAAUAGUUGCGUGAAUAGAUCAUAACAUUUGCCUCCGGAGUGUCAUGGCUGGCAAUUUCAAUCCAACAUGGUCCUCUGUCCAUUCGAAUGUCUGUGUACUCGUGUUUAUCACGUAUUGUUGUCUGUGUGUGGUUUCAUUACAAAAACAAGCUGAACGAUAUGUUUUCACUUAAAAUAUCAUGUAGACUGGGUCUUAAUUUGGUGAAAUUUUAGAGUUGAGGAGCACUCUGACACGUUUUUAAGCAGAUGUAACUUGCUAUUGUGGUAACAGUGAGGGAAAAUUUUCUUUCUUUUUUCCUGAGGAUAGACAAUCUAAAGGCAAUUUGUUUCAAGACUUCCCCUUCAGCGAUAUGCUUAUAUUAGGUGCUUGAAUUUACAGACUCAAGGACCUCCUAGAAAUGUGCUACCACUGUGCCGCUGUUGAAUAUAUCAGAAAUACGCUGCGAUUAAAUAAACGACCAUGCUUAUUUAAUUUUUUCGUAGACUUUUCAUUCUUUUUAUUUCCAACACAGAUGUUGCUCUCCCUUUUUAUUUAAGUGAUGCCCGGUGAUCUUUGUCAUUUCAGUGGACAGUUAAAUGUUUUGCAGGCCUUUCUCUUCACUUUAAAACUGUGAUCGUUCAUCUGUAAGGGAGACACAAGAAUUCAGUAUAUGUUCCCUUUCAUUUUAUGUGCUUGUCCUUGAGAACGGAAAGUGCGCCGGUUGCACAGCUCACAUCAGCAUGCUCCCAUUUCUGUUGAAGCAUGUGACCCGGAGCUGAGAGGUAGUACUGAGGGCUCAGUUUCUCUCCUUAUUUGCCGAAUAAAUGCUAAUGUGAGGCAUUAUUCAUGUCCUUCCCGCAGAGUUAGGUGUAAACCGACUCCAGUAUGAAUUAUACAUACUUUCUCACACCUGCAGUUCUUACCGGUAAACAGAGGGCAUCUGCACAACUUUCCAGAACAACUUCACUCUCUUUUUUUUUUACAAUUAUUAUUAUUAUUAUUUGUUUCGCAGCAGGACAUCAGUCUUUUCUUGAAACUAAUGAUCACCAAAUGAAUCUCAGUUGCAUUUAUUAGUAAAGUUCUUCAGGGCAAUGCUCAAUUUUCAUAUGUCUACAAGGGGCAUCUGCUUUUUGAAUAAGAUAAAAAAAAAUUGUAUAUUUUAGGAAGAGGGAGAAGAUCUGCGUCCUAGUUAUUUCACAAUAUUUGAAAUAAAAUGGCACAUUUUUAGAAAUUGAUGUGCUUUUGUUUGGACUGUCUGAGCAUUCCAGUCGCCCCAAGGAUGGUUUUAAGACCCCUGUCCAAUAGUAUUUCCAACAUUUAUCCCCACAUGGAUGAACACAACAUGAAGUGCUGCUGACAUUGUCCAGAAGAACAUGAAUGACCCUCUUACAUGUAAUUAUUGUGUUUGAAGCUCGUUUGUACUAUGCAGGUCAUGAAUGUCUGAGAGGAUGGAGCUGCUGCAGUCACCCCGUCAGGUCAUUUGAGAGCUUUAACAUUCUCGUAAUCUAAUACUUACCACUGAUUGUCUCAUUUCCAGCACUCAGCGAUUCCGCGGUCGGACGAAAAAUUAGCUUCCAAUCAGCCGUCAAGCACUCUCCACUGAAGUGUGACCCUGACAGAAAACGGCAAAGUGGGGAUGUAAGAUGCUCGGUCAUGUUGCUUAAAGCUGAGCCAUUACAAACCGGUGUACAGAGUGCAAUAAAAGGCUCAGUGGUUCAUGGUUUACUGCUCUAAUCAUAUUAUUUACACUGAGCGCUCAUAGUAAGACCAUGUUAAUGACACUGACUCUCUCACACAUCCAAAUCUGAGGCCAGUUCUGGCCUGUGGGCCACAUGUUUGACACCCCUGCAUCACAGGACAACACAACACCUCUUUGUUUUACGCCAUCAGGCAGCUUGAGCUCCAGCUCUGCAUUUACAGAGAAAUGUACCUUUACACUCACAGUCAACCUUGUGCGCUGAAUGAACCUUAAGUGAGUUUCUGUUACCAUAGCAGCCACGCUAUCUUUAGAACCCAAUCAACAGGCUGUUUUGGUCUUUGUACUUUUAUCUGAAAAGCUCACUCUCUUCAGAUUGCCGUUGGAUUUCUUCUCUUCAUUUCCACUUGAAAAGGAGCUUUGCCACAACACACAAAGAGGAGAGACCAUGCUUUGGAUCAAAACUUGCUUGCUUCCUGUGGUCGUCAGGGCACAUGCAGUGUGUGUGUGUGUGUGUGUGUGUGUGUGUGUGUGUGUGUGUGUGUGUGCUUGUGUGUGUGUGUGUGUGUGCUUGUGUGAUUCAGACAGGGACUGAUCAGAGUGCAAGAGCCACGCUGCAUUCAAUUAUCACUGCAGUGAGUGACGAUUUCUCCGACAGUGCAGACUCAUGCUGGGAAACUAGCAGGCUUAAGAAAAUGAGUCACUGUAUUGCAGUGUUUUGGAUUUGAGUGUAUUCAAUAUGAAUUUAACUACUUAAAUCUUUCAAAAUGCAUACGAUCCUGUGUCAGUUUUUUGGAUGAAUGGGUAAUUUACUAAUUUUUGCACAGGGUUAAAUCAGGCCAUUUGCAUUGCAGUGUGGUACUGUUUUGUCUCUUUUGUCCAACAUUCAGAAAUGAACAAACUUCAAAGUCCAGCAGAACAAGUCUUUCCUGACCACAUCUGGAACAUCUGGCUGCAGGCAGGACCUUCAUCACCAUGUGACAGGCUGGAUGGUGUCUGGAAGUGUUUUCGGUGUGCUGUGAGAAUAAAAGCACAUCUACUGCACAUCUUUUAUACUUUGAAUGGGAAAAAUAAAAUAGUGCUGUCUUUUGUCAAUCCGCGGCUUGAUUAUCAGCGGAGGGCUAUAAUUUACAGAAACAAAAACAUUGCGGAACAAGCUCUUAGCCUUUGUACAUCUGACAUGUAUUCAUUUCAUCACUAAGUUGUUUUCUAUGUUAUCAUUUCCUCUUUAUAUUUCUGGGGCUCACUUUUGUGAAAAUGUCAUUUCAAGGUUGUGCUAAAGAUACAGCGAAAAGUGAAAAAUGUCUGUGCAAUGCUCAACUUUUGGAGUGUGUGACCUGUGAUUUAUGGAGGAUGAAAGGUGCCAAAAUUAAAUAAAUAAUACACCC